AUGUUUCAGGAAGUAGACUGGGACGAUCAGUGGGAUCCGAGGAUCGUGCUGAGGAACACGACGAGCAUUGAGAGCGAGAAGUCAGCGCAAAACCUGAUCCCGGUAGUCGGGGAGGACGUGCCCAUCGUGCACGAGUUCAGGAAGGUCCGGGCAACCUUCAAGGUCGACAUGGACCUCACGGACUUCCCUGUUGACCACCAGAAACUGACUGUCCAGCUGAUGUCAGGAUGGCCACUUAAGAAGGCGGAACUGAGAAAGAACUACGGGUCCAAUGACACCAUUAAUGACGAGGACUUUGCAGAUGCAGACCAAUGGAAUGUGAGUGAGUACCUAGACUGCAGGCAUGGCACCAAAGGCAACAGCCAGUCCAAAACCUUCAGCGAGUACCCCGUGUACAACAUCACUGCGCACGUGCAGAGGAAGUCGGCUUUCUAUAAUUGGAACACCGUGCUUAUCUUGUUCCUGAUCAUGGCACUCUCCUUCACCGUGUUCUUCAUCCCAGUGGAAGAUUACAAGGACCGGCUCGGCGUCAUUUUCACUCUGCUGCUCACAACAGUAGCCUUCAAGCUGGUGGUGUCCCAGUAUCUCCCCACUGUCUCCUACCUGACUCUCUUGGACAAGUACGUGCUGGCGUGUAUCAUCUUCCAGUGGGUGGUGGCAGUGCAGAGCACGGUGGCCUCGGUCAUCAGGGACAAGAACAGCGCCAGGCUGUUUGACUGGGUCUCUGCGGGUGUGCUUGUUGUUGUGGUCCUUUUGGCCCACCUUUUCUUUGGGAUCAUCAUAAGGAGGAAGGUGAACGAGAAGGAUGGAAAGCUGCGAAAGAUUCAAGAGAAGUUCAAGCGGCUAAAGGAACGAGUUGACAAAGCCUACGAGAAUCGUGACACGGACGCACCGGGGAGCACCAAGACCAACAUGAUCAUCAAGGGCUUUACCGACGAGGAGGUUAAAGAGGUAAUUUGA